AUGUCAGUGUUGCAAAAUCAUGCAGAGGACAGCUGCCUAAAGAACCAACAAGAUAAAUCCAACAAUAUUUCUGAUGAUGACAAGAAGGAGCAACCGCCGGCUGCGCUCCAAGAAAAAGGGCCCACUGGUACGGACCAGAGCACAGAUGAAGAAGGCGAAGUAUUUCCUGAGGGCGGCUUGACAGCCUGGCUUGUCGUAUUCGGUGCCUUUUGCGCCUUGGUGUCCGUUUAUGGCCUGAUCAACACAAGUGCUGUCUUUGAGUCAUAUUUUAAGGAGCAUCAACUCAAAGAUCAUAGUCAUUCGAAGAUUGGCUGGAUUUUUAGUUUAUACCUCUUUCUUGUUUUCCUGGUCGGUGUUCAGGGUGGCCCGAUCUUUGAUCGAUACGGACCCAGACUGCUUGUUGCAGUAGGGUGUGUUCUCGCCGUUGCGAGUCUCAUGUUCUUGAGUGUAUCCAAAACCUACACUCAGAUUAUCUUGUCGUAUUCCGUGGUCGGCGGGAUAGGUGGUGCUCUCUUAAACGCACCUGCUUUUGGAGCUGUUGCCCAUUUCUUCAACGUUCGGCGAGGCGUGGCUACUGGUAUCGCAGCUACAGCAGGUAGUGUUGGUGGAGUUGUGUUUCCACUCCUCCUUCGACAUCUUCUUGGCCCCAAUGGCGUCGGUUUUGCAUGGAGCUGUCGGAUUCUCGGGUUUAUCCUGCUCGGACUCUCUGUUCCCGCCAACUUAUUCAUCAAAAGUCGCCCAUCCAUCCAGAUGAGCAAGUCGGACCAAUCACAGGCUGUAACUCUGUGGCCUGACCUCACAGUGUUCCGUGACCAUCGUUUCGCGGCUUCCUGUUUGGGUUACUUCUUCAUGGAAUGGGGCCUCUUUGUGCCGCUCACCUAUAUCAUCUCUUACGGGGUUGCUUACGGUAUACCUGCAUCCCAAAGCUCCCUGUUCUUGGUCUAUCUCAAUGCGGGUUCGGCUCUCGGAAGGUUUUUGCCUGGGUUUGUCGCCGACAAAGUUGGUCGGUUCAAUGUUAUCAUCAUUACCAUUGCACUUUGCGUAAUCACUGUACUGGGACUGUGGCUCCCUUGCAAUGGAUCACAGUCGGUCCUUACUGCGUUCAGCGUACUGUUUGGAAUUGUAAGCGGGAGCAAUCUGAGCUUGCUUCCCGUUUGCCUCGGUCAAUUCUGCGACGCAAGAGACUAUGGUCGAUAUUUUGCAACCGCGACUAUGGCCGCCAGCUUCGGGACACUUACUAGUGUCCCCAUUGCAGGAGCUCUGAUUGAAGUGGGCGACAAAUAUGUCGGCUGGAUGUCAUUAAUUCUAUUCGCGGGUUGCUCUUACGCAGUGGCCUUGAUCAGUUACGUGUCGGCUCGCGUUAUGUCAGUCGGCUGGCAGCCAAGCACCAAAUUCUAA